UGGGCUGCGUUGCGCGGCAAGAAGAUGGCGGCCGGUGGCAGUGAUCCGCGGGCUGGCGACGUAGAGGAGGACGCCUCACAGCUCAUCUUUCCCAAAGAGUUUGAAACAGCUGAGACACUUCUAAAUUCAGAAGUUCAUAUGCUUCUGGAGCAUCGAAAGCAACAAAAUGAGAGUGCAGAGGAUGAACAGGAACUUUCUGAGGUCUUCAUGAAAACUUUAAACUACACAGCCCGUUUCAGUCGUUUCAAAAACAGAGAGACCAUUGCCAGUGUACGUAGCUUGCUGCUCCAGAAGAAGCUUCAUAAGUUUGAGUUGGCCUGUUUAGCCAACCUUUGUCCAGAGACUGCUGAGGAGUCCAAGGCUCUGAUCCCAAGCCUGGAGGGGCGGUUUGAAGAUGAGGAGCUGCAGCAGAUUCUUGAUGACAUCCAGACCAAGCGCAGCUUUCAGUAUUGAUCUCCAGGCGUCCCUGCUGCUGGGGGAGCCACGUCACAUCCCCGGCGCGGCACCGCUGGCCCAGGAUCCAGGGCUGACUUGCACAGAAAAUCUGUUGCAGGAGACACCUGGGCUUCCUUUGGAUAGAGCAACCCAGUGCUUGGUCUUGGUUUAGGUUGCUGUUUCAGGCUCGACUGUGGGACGCUGAUGACCAGCGUGACCUUGGCGAGGCCUUGCCGUGGCUGCCUGCGCUUGCCUCUGGGGAGGGUGAGGUGGGGCGACGCGCAUCUCAGCCACACUGCUGGCUGCCGCACGUCACGGUCUUUGGCCCUGGUGUUAUUUUUGAUUCCUAAUAUUUCAUGUUUUAAUUUCA